AUGUCCUGCUACGACAUCUGCCGCCCCUGCGGACCCACCCCGCUGGCUAACAGCUGCAACGAGCCCUGUGUCAGGCAGUGCGAGGACUCCCAUGUCGCCAUCCAGCCUUCCACCGUGGUGGUCACUCUGCCAGGACCCAUCCUCAGCUCCUUCCCCCAGAACACCGCCGUUGGAUCCUCCGCAUCAGCUGCCGUGGGCAGCAACCUCAGCGCCCAGGGAGUGCCCGUCUCUGGAGGCGGCUUCGGAGGCUUUGGCCUUGGAGGCCUGGGAGGCUAUGGCUUGGGAGGCCUGGGCUGCUUCUCUGGCAGAAGAGCCUGCUACCCCUGCUAA